AUGGCGCCAGCCAUAAUACUGUCUGAACAGUCGUUGGCACUACUUGCAUCAGGAGGGCAGGCCAUCGACCUAACCAACGGUGUUAGAAAGAUCUCAAAUGCAUCCUACAUGUCCCGCGACUCAUUCGAUACCCAGGCCACCGUCGAGAUCCCGGAUGAAAUCGACAGUGUCCAGACACUUGAGUUUCUAGAGCUUAACGCUGAAACUGCCGCUAUUAUAUACGACAAAUUCCUUGCCUUCAAAGCACAAUAUCCCGAUAAUGCAGACAUCCUUCGUUUUGCCAGAAGGCAUGUACACAGCGUAGCUGGAGAUGCGCAUCUUCCGACCGAUGAUUGGCCUGGGGUAAUGCAGCGAAUCGGCCUCACGAGCAACUUCCAGUCGAGGGUAUUAAAUCCUGAUUGGUCACACAUGCGUCUUACGUCAACCGCUAAGGAAACCGCUAUUUGGAUGAUGGAGAUGAGGUUCGAAUUCCUACAAACUCUCGACAAGUUCAUCGAGUCGCCUGCGAAGGGCAUAGGGAGAAAAGUAUCACACCUAGACAUGAGUGGGAGGCUACAACCUGGGACCCCAGGAAUUCAACUACGCUCGGAUAGCAAGGGAAAAGGUCAGCCAUCGAGUGGAAUCUUUAAAGCUGGGCCAUCGUCUUCAACGAAACUAAGAGAGCCUCCAUCUGAGCUUCCUGGGUGUCAAAUGUUUUAUAAAGGUGGCUCAGUGGCACGAUUAGAGAAGUUGAAUAAUCCUAAUGGAUCAUUGAGCCUUCAAAGGCUCGUUAGCACCCCGCCAACAGACUUCAGCACAGCUGGCACAGCUGGCUUAUACCUUACGAAACAGGAGAAGGUAGCAUUUGAAGAUGCAGGAUGGGCUAAGCAGGUCGUCGACGGGAACAUUGUGCCAGUUGGGAUUAUGUGCAUUGCAAUUCCUGAUGCUAUCCUUUCAUCACAUACACAGAUAUUCGGAGACCAGUGGAGAGAGUUGGUUUGGUGCUGCCGCCACCAGGAUUUCCCGCCUGAGAACCUAUCGUAUUUGACGACAUACCAAUGGAUUGUUGGACCUGUCUGCCGUCAAAAUAAUGCUGUCGUUUUAAAGAUGACGAAUAGUUCAGAGCUUGUCAUUUGGAAGCUUGACAGAGGCGAAACGGCAUGUCAACAAUACACGUCUUCUAGUCAAAUACUACAGCUUCUCAAUAGCUCGUGUGUCGGCAAGGUCUGGAUUACCAAUUUGGCAAGAGAAGCUAAAUAA